GCAAUGUGGAGCUCAAGCAACGAAGACCAAACAGAAGUCUCACCUUCAACCGACGCUCACACUUUCAGCAUGCCUCAAUGGUCUACGGAGCAAUUGCAGGAGCAGCCGUUGUUGUCUCCUGAGUCGUCCGUCGGGAGGGUGGGGGGUGUAGACAUGUCACAGCUGGGUGUAGACGUGUCACAGUUAGAAUCGCAGGUUGUUUGUGACAUGCCACAACGUAGUUUGCUCUCUGCAUUCGACGAGGUUGUGCAGCAGACAAGCCACAGUUUGCCAACUGCUAGCUUGGGCCCCUCUGGGACAGUGGUUUUGAGAGAUCAGGAGCUGGGGGUCGGCAGUGUUGACUGGGCAGGCGAUUGUGGGAAUGGUUUGCCACACCAAAUGGGGGGAGGGGAUGACGACUAUGCUGACUCACAAUCAGGCGCUGACUCACAAGCAGGAGGAGAUCGUAGACAUCACGAGACGGAAGGUAGCGUGCAAGCACAUGGGACCCCAGUUAACUCUGAAGCUAUAGGCAAUGCUUGCUCUUUGAAUAAGAAAUGGGAGGGUAUAUCAACUGCCGUGUGUGCUGCCGGCUUCAUCCGUAAUGGCUAUGACUGUGAAAAUAGGUGGAAGAACCUGUGGAAGUGGUAUAGAAAGGUGCUGGUCCACGAUGGCAUGAGUGGAGUGCAGAGCUAUUGGACCAUGUCACCUGAGGCACGAGCGAAUGCUGAACUCACGUUCCGCCUUCGAAGGUCCUGGUUUGAUCUCAUUGACUCCUUCAAUAUUAGAAACCCGGUUGUCCAUCCUGAAGGUGUUGUAGAUCCUGGAAAUGAGAAGGAUGGGCGAGGACCAGGACAGGGCAGUCGGGGUUCUACUCCUGUCAGUGGUGGCAGGGCUGAGAGUGGGGUUGCCAAUGCAUGUGCUGAAGGGGCUGAAGUGGGAACGUCAGCAAAGCGCAGACGCACUCUCGCAAAUGCCCGGGAGCGGGCUGUGAAGGACAUCUCCGCAGUAAUGAGGGAGCAGACAGACGCACUGAGGGAGCACAGUAGGCGAUCAGUGGAGUGCGCUGAACUCACAGUGAAAGCCAUGUACAAACAGGCAGCAGUGCAACAACAGAUUGGAAAGCUCACUGCCAAAGUUGCUCGGGAGGACAUGGCUAUUCGGAAGGAGAUUGGUGUAGCCGAAAUUGCGGUCUGAUGCAUUUGUGGACGGAAUUGCAGCCAGAUGCAUACAGAAGUAUGCCCUCAAGAGAGCAACAAAAAAGAAAAAGAAAAAAAGUUGAAACUAAGACAGAUGCAGGAACACCGACAGAAGGAAAAAAAAAAUAAAAAAUCAUUCACAUCCGAAAUAUUCACUGACAGAAGGAAAACAAGACGAGCAACUGAAAACAAAAAUUAUAAGGAAAC